GGCGUGCCUUCUCCUCUUCCACGCACGCGCAGACGGGCCCGCGCCCUCUUCGGACGAAGCGGCAUUAUGGAAGCGGAAGUCUGGGCCGCCUGAAGCCCCUCCUCCCCGAAAUGGCGGCGUCGGCGCUGAAGGUCGCCCUGGUCCCCUACAUUCUCCCCGAACGCUGCUAUGACGAGCUCGUCGUCAACCUCAACCUCCUGCACGUGCCCUGCCUGAAGGUCUUCCUCAGCAAAGCCCUCGGAUUCGGAGUGGUGGCCGGUUCCCUUGUGGUGAAGAUGCCGCAGAUCCUGAAGAUCCUGGGGGCCAAGAGCGCUGAGGGCCUGAGCUUCAAUUCCAUCCUGCUGGAGCUCGUGGCCAUCAGUGGCACCAUGGCCUACAGCAUCGCCCACAACUUCCCCUUCAGCGCCUGGGGAGAGGCCCUCUUCGUCAUGAUGCAGACGGUGUCCAUCGGCUUCAUGGUGCAGCAUUUCGGGGGCCACACCAGGCGUGGCCUGGCCUUCCUCUUCACCUACUUCGCCCUCCUGUCCCUCCUGCUCUCUCCGCUCACCCCAUCCGUGGUCGUGACCACCCUUCAGGUCUCCAACAUGCCCACUGCCACCACCAGCAGGCUCCUGCAAGCAGCCACCAACUACCAGAACGGCCACACCGGCCAGCUCUCGGCCAUCACAAUCUUCCUGCUCUUCGCGGGAUCCUUGGCACGAAUCUUCACGUCCAUCCAGGAGACCGGAGACCUCCUGAUGGUGCUGACCUACGUGGUCUCCCUGGCCUGCCACAGCCUCAUUUUGGGACAGGUGCUUUAUUACUGGAACGCUACGGACAGGCUCAAGAAAGAGUGACCGGCCUCACCUGCGGGGCGCCACGCCCUCAAGGAGGCCCUCUCCGCUCUGCUCUGCCCUCCUGCCUUCAUUCUGAGUCCCCCUUCCCCACGAAUUCCACGGGACUUUUUAUGGCCCACGCAGGGCGGUGGGGCUGCCAUCAGACUG